UAAUAAGACUAAGGUCUAAGAGCACUACGUUGUGAUCUAUGCAUUUAGAAAUUGCAUUGUAGUUUUGAUAGUUAAUUUGAUUCUAUACAGAAAAAUUUAAGCAACGAUAAUGGGUUCUCUUAUGGCAGGAUGGGGCUCUUCUUCCAUUGAUCCUAAAUCAGCCACGCUUAAAAGGAAUCAGUCACUUACAAAAGAUGAAAUUGAUGCUUAUUGGAAAUCAAAGAAGAUGAUAGAGGAAGAACACCUUAUAGCAAUUUCCAAUUUGUCAAAGACUAUUCAGCCUGAUCCUGAAAAGAAGCUUCAGAAGUCAAUGACCAUGCCCGUGGCCAACAUAAGGGACAGGGACCCCUUUAAUAUGAACCUACUUGACUCAAAUUUGGAGCAACUUAUCAACAAAAAUGGCUGGUGGACUAAGAGUAACUGGGCAUUUCUGAAUGAGCCACCAGUAAUGGAAGCUGCAUCCAGCAAGUAUGCAGCUCAGUUUCAUGUUGCCAGUUUCGGAUCGUCAAAAUUGAACCCUGUAGAUGAAGUUAGUGAUUGAUCAUAUAAAUCUAACUAAGCACUAAACCUUGUAUAUAUAAUAUAAUGUAGUAGUAUGACUAGUGUUGAACCAAAAGCGGUGUUCGUUUUUGGAGUUCUCACUCACUCAUGUUGCUAUUUACGAAGUUUGUUUGAUGUAUGCAAAUCAACGUGUGUUUCCUGGUUAAUUUGUUUCAAGAGUGUAAUGUAACGAAGCAAUUUAAUAGAGUUUUUUUUUUAUUGUUUGUUGAAGAA